GGAAAGAGGAAGCAGAAUCUCCAAAAGAGCGCCCUGAUUGAAAAUAGAGACGUUACAGAAAGUGAGGAUGAGUUUCUUGCCUCGCCCUUUGGAUCCUCUUGGGUGCAGCAGUGUCCAGGAGCAGAGGGACUUGUGGCAAAGAAAAUUCUGUCGAAUAGCCAAAGAAAUGGUGCAAACAGAACAACGCUACUGCCAAAAGCUGGAACUGGUCUCCACCUUCUUUGUGGACAUUUUGAAGGCCAAAGGAACCCUGAGGUCGGACAUUAGAGAAGACAUUUUCUGUUCAAUUAAAGCUAUUCUAUCAGUAAACCAGACUCUACUUAUCCAUUUGGAGAAUGGAUACCUUGGCAAAGGCCUUGACCAGUUCUCCACCCAUAUGCACCAUUACUACACAUAUGUGGAUAACAUUUAUAAAGCCCAGAAAGUGCUUCAGAUGCAGCUUAAGAAAAACAAGGCCUUCAGACGGUUCAAAAAACUGCAGGAAUCCCGCCCAGAAUUCAACAACCAGAAGCUGGAGGACUUGCUCCAACUCCCCCUGCAGCGGAUUGAUCAGUAUAAACAUUUCCUGCAGGAUCUGACAGCCAACAUCAGUGUAGACCACCCAGAGUAUGAACAGCUUUUAAGAGCAGUGACUGUCGUGUGUGAGGUGUCCCAGCGUAUUGACGACAAUACCCGGCACCAUGAGAACCACUUGGAGCUUUGCCGUGUGCAGAAACUGCUGAAAGGGAGAAAGAUGAAGGUGUUGGCUCCAGGGAGGUGGUACAUCUGCGAGGGCUGGCUGAAGGUGGUCCCACCAAAGGGUGCAGAGGCCAAGCCUAAGAUGUUCUUCCUGUUCUCCGACAUGCUGCUACAGGUCAAGCGUUGCAGCUCCCUGCAUUCCACCAGUGGACAGAAGUUUACUGCCGAGCAUGCCUAUCCACUGCAGGACUGCACCGUAGAAAAGGUGUUUGGCCACACACGGAGCCAGGGAGGCCUGCUCACUCUGACCUUCCCCAGAGCCAAUCUGCUACUGAUGUCCAGCAACCAGGAGAACCUCAACGACUGGUACCAAAGCCUGAGUUCCGCUAUCAGGAAGCAGAAUUCUAAGCAGACGGCGAUCUAUCAAAGAGACGAGCUGUGCCGCAGACCUCUGCGCUCUGCCGCCGAUCGCCACAACACUGCCAACGCCGCCAGCAGAAAGAGAAACAUGCUCACUGCUGAGAUCAGUGAGCUUCCUCAGGAGCCUCCAGUUGAGCAGGAGUACAGCGCCCCCAAGAGGAUGAAGCCGUCUGAUGCUUCAGAGCAGAGUGCAGAGACUUCCAGCUGUGUGAUCCUCUGAUGGGCUGGAAGAUGAACCCAACCCUGACUGGGAGUUUCAAUAAGGACCUUUGCUGUUUUGACACGCCUGCGCUCCAUAGCACCGUUUUUUCCUUUAUCAUGAAAUCAGAAGAGCUUUAUAUUAUUACUAAAGAGCAGCUUCUGCUACUACCCAUCUCAUGCAAUACAAACUAUAAUGACCUGCUGCUAUCGGGCUACAGCAAACAUUCAUCGCUUUGCAGAAUGAUAUUGCAGCAACUUUUCUCCUGUAUGUUUUACUCUUUUACAUUUAUAAUCACCCCGUAGUGUUGUGCAGAAAUACAACAACACACAUGGCAAAAGGACAGUGGUGGUUGGUCAGCAUUCGUAGUGAAAGUGUGAGACAGCAACGCAGGAUCAUUUGUCUGAUUCAGCCUGAACGUCAGCUUGACCGGGACGAACCUCCAUCAGUGUGCGCUGUCGUCAGGCAGAUUAUUGUUACUGCAUCUAAACUGUGAUUUGUAUGAAACUAUGAAAUGGCCAAUGUGAAAUCAAUCAAUCCGAUAACAGCGCCAAAGGGAGACAAUGACAGUUUAAAUAUUUAACAGUUUAUUAGUCAUUUGUGGAUUUUUGUUAAUUAUAAUAAUGAAUGAUGUUACUUCUUGUUUUAUUUGAAAGUGUCCAUUGCUUCAUAAUUAUGUGCACAUAUGCAUGUCUGGAGCUCGAGUCCAUAAUCUUAGUGAAGCCUUAGUUAUAAGAUUCAGUCAACACACCGAUGCAUUACACACUGAGGUUACUUCAUUUGCUUCUCAUGAUACUUGUUGAUUGAAUCAAUCAAUCAAUCAAUCGACUGAUUCACAUAUAUGUAGUGGAUAUUUAAAUGAUUUGCAUAUUGGAUGAAUUGCUUUGAUUGUAAACUGAAUAUUUGCAUUUAAUGAUCUGCAACAAUGAUGUAACUGUGUCCAAAAACGUAUCCAGGGACAGUCCCUGUGAUGUUGGCUACAGGAAAUGUGAGGACGGUAACUGCCUCCCACUUCUAAACUAAACUGUUUCCAACCUGCUUACACAUCUAUACAACAAGUUAACUGUCUUUUAUUUUGUAAUUACGUUGUGUUACAUGUAUUCUCUGUUACGCCAUUUAAUCAUCUCAUAACAACAAAUCAAAAAGUAUGAAUUUAUAGUUGGACUUUUUUAACACUGCCUCACGUUUUAGACUUUUAAUGCGUUUGCUUUAAAAUUUAAAGAUGUUUGUAGAAGUGGAUCAUUUCACAAUAAAACACUGA